AUGUCUAGUAACCUACAUAUCGCAGGUGUCUUAGCAAAAGAUAGUCUCUACUCGGAGGUUACUCCCAAAGAUCUUGAGUGGACACUAGCCUCAGGCUCAUCAACGGAAACUCAAACUUUUUAUCUGACAACCAACGAAGGCCAUUUUGCUUUUGUACAAAUGGUUCACUCUAAUAUUGGUGUUUGGUCUCCUACAAUUCAAUUUACCGCUCGAUUUUUUGGUGGUGGUAUUAACACAUUCAAAUCUGUCAACAUGUCCAAUUUCAAACUUUCUCAAGAUAAAAGAUCAGCAACAGCUGAUAACAUGGCAAUCAAAUUAGACGACACCUGUACCAGAUACAAAGUGACUCUAAAUCACAAAACAGAACUAACUGUCGAGUUCGAAAUAGAACGAGUGGAUCGCAGUUUCAAAAUCGGCGAAGGAAAAACUUAUUUCGGAAAAGACCAGAAGGGAUUUGUCGAACACAAGUUUUGGCCGAAAUGCAAAGUUACCGGGAACAUUGUGGUGGAUGGUCGCGCGUUUGAUGUUUCAGGUACAGGACUAUUCGUCCACGCAAUUCAAAGUAUGAAACCUCACUUGAUUGCUACUCGUUGGAAUUUUCUCAGUUUCCAAGCACCGAACGCCUCGUUGGCCAUGAUGGAGUUUGAGACAACGCCACAGUACGGGAGUACUAAAGUCAAUCAAGGAAGUUUGAUCGUUAAUGAUAAGUUGGUGGGCGUGUCCGUGGAGAAUGCUGCAGAAUUUUUGGAGACAGAGUUGGAUCCGCAGACCGGGUAUCAUAUUCCGAAUGUGAUACAUUAUACGUGGAAAGGAAAAACUUUGGAGACUGGGGAAGAGUUUCAGGCGAGUUUAAAGAUAAGACCUGAGACGCUUAUGGAUAAGAUCGAUGUAUUGAAUGAGGUUCCGUAUUUCUUGAAGAAAAUUGUGCAAGCAUUCGUGGCAAAACCGUAUAUAUAUCAAUGGUUCAAUGCUGCAACCGUCGAAAUCACUAUCGGAAGCAAUAAAUUGACCUCUACUGGAAAAUUGUUCAACGAGGCAACUUUUAUUUCUUAA